CCCAGAAAGUGGAUAAGCAAACACGCCGCCUCCCCACUCUCCCACCUCCAUUUUUCCCUCUUCAAUUUUUACACUCUGUAAGUUUCCCCUUCUCUCAUUCUCUCUUUUUGCAGAACCCCCAAUCUCUGCCCUUUCAUACACUGAAAGAACAAGGCCCCAUCGGCCUCCACUUCUUCAAUUUCUUCACAGUCGAUUAAAGUGGAUCUCUAAGGAUCAAAACCCUUUUGUUCCCUCCAGGUUGAAGGAGGAGUAUGGAUAUAACGUUACAUGCAAAGCAUUACACGGAUGGAUUCUGUUUGUUUCAGCGUCGCAGCACCAAAAAUCGCGGCCGUAAUGUUAGGGCCGAAAGAAGGGCUACUCCGGAGACCAAUUCUGUUAGUUUUUUUGUGGGAGGAAAGGGGAAACCUCGAUUUCUUGUUGUUCCUUCUGAUUGUUCUGAAGAAUCCUUUGUUCGUGCGGUUCUGAAGAAUCCUUCGCAACAGGGGGAGAAAAAUGUUCAUACCCAUUUGAAUGGCUCUAGUUCUUCAUCAUUUUCUUCGAAUCAUUCGCAGAGUUUUGAGGAAUUUGAGAACAAUAAUCAUCUUCGUCGACUGGUAAGAAAUGGGGAAUUGGAAGAAGGGUUUAAAUUCAUAGAGGGUAUGGUUUAUCGUGGUGAUAUUCCUGAUGCAAUUGUGUGUACUAGUUUGAUUCGUGGUUUGUGUAAAACUGGAAAAACUAGGAAGGCUGCUCGAGUUAUGGAAAUUUUGGAGGAUUCUGGGGCUGUUCCUGAUGUGAUAACUUACAAUGUUCUUAUUAGUGGUUACUGUAAAUCUGGUGAAAUUGACAAUGCUUUGAAACUUUUGGAUCGAAUGAGUAUUUCUCCUGAUGUUAUUACUUAUAAUAUAAUCUUGCGUACGCUCUGUGACAGUGGGAAGUUGAAGGAAGCCAUGGAAGUUCUUCAUAGGCAGUUGCAGAGGGAGUGUUAUCCUGAUGUAAUAACUUAUACUAUAUUGAUUGAAGCAACUUGUAAGGAGAGUGGAGUUGGGCAGGCGAUGAAAUUGUUAGAUGAAAUGAGGGAGAAAGGAUGUAAGCCUGAUGUUGUCACUUACAAUGUUCUUAUAAAUGGGAUUUGUAAGGAAGGAAGGUUGGAUGAAGCUAUUGAGUUUUUGAAUGAAAUGUCUUCCUAUGGCUGCCAACCUAAUGUGAUUACUCAUAACAUCAUCUUGCGUAGUAUGUGUAGUACGGGGAGGUGGACGGAUGCCGAGAAGCUGUUGGCUGAAAUGGUUCGUAAGGGAUGUUCUCCUAGUGUUGUUACUUUCAAUAUCUUGAUUAAUUUCUUGUGUCGAAAGGGGUUGUUGGGUCGAGCUAUUGAUAUUUUGGAGAAGAUGCCACAGCAUGGCUGUACUCCGAAUUCCUCGAGCUACAACCCGUUGCUUCAUGGGUUCUGUAAAGAGAAGAAGAUGGAGCGGGCGAUCGAGUAUUUGGAUAUCAUGGCUUCGAGAGGUUGUUACCCUGAUAUUGUGACGUAUAAUACUCUAUUGACUGCAUUGUGUAAAGAUGGGAAGGUAGAUGUUGCUGUUGAGAUACUGAAUCAACUUGGUACUAAAGGUUGCUCUCCUGUAUUGAUUACAUACAACACAGUGAUUGAUGGGCUAUCAAAGGCAGGCAAAACGGAAGAUGCUGUUAAACUUCUAGACGAGAUGAAGGAGAAGGGACUCAAACCCGAUAUAAUUACGUACUCGUCGCUCGUUGGAGGGCUGUGCAGAGAAGGAAAAGUUGAUGAAGCAAUUGCAUUUUUCCAUGAUCUAGAAGAAGUUGGUGUGAGGCCAAAUGUUAUCACAUACAACUCUAUCAUGUUAGGACUCUGUAAGGUUCAACAAACGGUUCGUGCCAUCGAUUUCUUGGCAUCGAUGGUUGCCAGAGGCUGUAAACCGAACGAGGCUUCCUACAUGAUUCUUAUUGAAGGGUUGGCCUAUGAAGGUUUAGCCAAAGAGGCAUUGGAGUUGCUUGAUGAAUUGUGCUCUAGAGGAGUUAUGAAGAAGAGUUCUGCAGAGAGGGUAGUGAUCAAAAACUCUUUUUGAUGUGUUUUUUUUACUGAUUUCAUCAUUAAAUCUACAAGGAUGUGGGAUUUUUUAUGAUCUUGGAGCCAAAUUAUGUGAUCUGGGUAGAAUCCAAAACCAAUUUUGUAAGAUAAAAUCCUCAGCUCGAGUCAGAUUUGAUAAAGCUAUCCUCCUUCGUUACUUUACAUUAUUAUACAUUGGAUUGCUUUCCAAUGGUGAUAGUUCCUCCAUUGAUGAACUCCAUGGAAACAGUAGCUGAAAUUUCCACAGUUCUUUCCAUUAGAAUUUUGUUUUAAAUAUGCUUAAGAAACAA